GUUCUUGACUUCUUCUUCUUCAACAAGAAGAUGCCUAGACCAGGCCCGAGGCCUUAUGAAUGUGUUAGGAGAGCUUGGCACAGCGACAGGCACCAACCCAUCAGAGGUUCUUUAAUCCAAGAAAUUUUUAGGAUUGUGAACGAAAUUCAUAGCUCAGCUACUAAAAAGAACAAGGAAUGGCAAGAAAAGCUUCCUAUUGUUGUGUUGAAAGCUGAAGAAAUCAUGUAUUCCAAAGCCAAUUCCGAGGCUGAAUAUGUGGAUAUCAACACACUUCGAGACAGAGCAAAUGAUGCCAUAAAUACUAUAAUUAGAAGGGAUGAGAGUACGGAAACUGGAGAGCUUCUGCAGCCUUGUAUUGAAGCUGCUCUGCAUUUGGGCUGCACUCCUAGAAGAUCUUCAAGGAGUCAAAGGAAUAUUACUCCGAGAUGUUACCUUAAUCCAGAAAAACCUGAGGCUAUAUCUGUUUCUCUAACCAAUUUGGACAACAAAGUUCAAGGAAAUUAUGCAACUAAUUGCUCCUUCAUUCCCCAAAGUCCAAAUCUUUUGAUGAAUUCCGCCGAUACCUGCUUAAAUUAUGAUAAUUCUGGCAUCCAAAAGACAGAUUCUGAGUAUCCCAAAGUGCGAAAUUCUCCGAGCAUUAACCAUCAAUCUCGACCCAGACUAGCACCUUCUUUAUCAAGCUCAUGUUCAGUUUACCCCUUAUAUCAUGGUAAUCACUUUCAAUUUCAAGACUCUAGCAAGUCAAAUUCUCACCUCAUGAAGACUGAUAAGAAAGGUGUGAUGAAAAGGCGUUCAACUUGUGGACAGGAUGCUUUAAAUGUUAUAUCACAAGCAAGUCCCCAUUAUGUUUCUGAGACCCCACAUGGAAGUGGAUGUGAUUUAUCAUUGCGUUUGGGUCCUUUAGGAGUUUCAUGCUUAGGUGAAGAAAAUAGUUGCCCCCAAGAAGUGGAAGAUGGUGGUGGUUUGGGUACAUGUAAAGUGGGAAGCAAGUAUAAUGAUUUGUCUUCACAAAGUGACAAAGACUUCUCUUUCUUCCCUAAACCCAAUGGUCAUGAUAUGCUGGACUCUUCUUCAAAUAAAUGGAGUCAUAAGACCCAGAAUGUGAAUAUUGAGGCAACUUUGAGAAAGCGAAAGGCGGCUGUUAGUCAUCCUUCGGAGGAUAGGCAGUAUUGUUGGCCGCUGAAGUUCCCAUUUAAGCAGGUCAAUGGAAGGUUUAACAGUUCAGAUCAGCAACAGACUUAAGCUUUUAUGGCUCUAAGUUUUGCAAUUUAACAGGCUAUUCUUCCUGCUAUCCAACCGAUUUCUUGUAUGUUGUAAAUCUGGAAAUGCGGUUUUGUGUAAUGAGGUGGCAAGCAAGUCUGAUAGUAUGCGGCAAUUUGUACUGAAACAUAUGACCGUUUCUUGGAGAAAUGUGAUCAUGAAGAUUGUACUAAAGCCUAACUCUGUAAGAGAAGCCUGAAAAUGAGAAUCAGGUAGACUUAACAUGAAGUCUCAAGCAGUGGAUGGGAUCUGCUCAUAUGUCAACUAAAACCAGUGAGGUAUUGGAGAGGAAUGUGUUUUUUGUACGAGUAUUCCAUGUGGCAUGACAUACUUUGCUAACUAGUUAGUAAUCAGUCACUGGUACAAGUGCAAAAUAAUAUGUUUCAAUAGUCUCUGGAUGUAUGGUAGAGAACUGAAAAGCUGAGUUCCUUGUAGAAGUUCAAAUAUGAAGGUGAUGUGGACUGACCUCUGGCUCCAACAUGUAGCAUAUGGACUUAUUCUCAGCUGAAUUCGUCAUUUUGCUUCUAGGGUGAAUUGCUUCCCCUCUAUACUUUAUUUGUAAUAUAGGAACUUAAAGGGUCAGUCAUGUAAUCAAUCGGGGGUAGGUAAUAAAUAUUUAACUUGUUCAUAGGGCCUCUUGAAGUCGUGGAGAAAUAGUUCAUGGUAAAUUUGAAGAAGUGUGCUCAA